AUGAAGCAAAUCAAGUGCUCGCCUUCGAAAGCCCCCGCUCCGGAUGCCACUUUCAAAUCCGAGCAUGCAUCGUCCUACCAUGGUGUUCUUCCACCUUUCGUGCUCAAUUCGCUGGUUGCGGUGGAAGCUCCAGCGCCGUUUGCGGCCUGCGAGCAGUAUGCGAGCAAACGAAAAGCUCGAGCAGAAGAGGGUGGUGAAGAUGACAUGGUUCCCAGGGCACAAGAUGGGGAAGAUGAUGGUAUGUCUGAUGAGACUCUAAGCCUUCCGGGCAAGGCUCCCAAGAAAAGCAAGAACAACAAGAAGAAGAAGAAGGUGAAGUCCAAGAAAGUCAGAUCUUCCAAGAAAAUGAGAUCCGAUUCGCAAUUGGUGGAUGUGCUUGUCGAGCACCUGCCCACCGGGAAGGAUUCCUCAUCCGAUGAGGGCUUCGACGACAAGAACCACAACACGAAGAGAACCAUGCGGCUUCAGAGCAAUCCCAAGGUGAAGACUGCCACAUCCGAUGAGGCCCCGGUUCAGAGCAAGCCAGUGAAGAGAGCCAGAUCCAAUGAGGCCCCGGUUGAGAGCAAGCCCAUGAAGAGAGCCAGAUCCGAUGAGGUCCCCGUUCAGAGCCACAAGAAAGCCAGAUCCAGUGAGGCCCCGAUCCAGAAUGAAACCCAGGCCCCGAAGAUCAAGAAGAAGCCCAAUGUCUUCGGCAAGUACAAAGCGGGUUUGUAUGCUUGCAAGCGCUACGUGUUCAUCAAGCGAUUCCAAGAAAUGUUCCCUAAGGCGAGCUUCCAGACAGGCAAUCGCUAUUGGCUUAAGUGUCCAGAACGCAUGGAACUCCUAGCAGACAUGCCGCUUACCGAGUUGAAGAGGCGACGUUUUGCACCCAAAGGGUGUUUGGUCCACCCAUACCGAUGA